AUGUCAACACCUAUUUCAUCUGAAGCAGAAGCAUUACGCCAAGCAGUCUUGUUAUCAAUGAGACGUGAGACGAUACAACAAAAUGAAAAUCAAGAAGCAACAACUACAUUAGCUCAACUACAACAAAUGGAUGUAACUCGACAAGUUACAAUAAAAAAUGACGGUUAUACGACACCACCGCAAAGACCUUCGCUUCCUUCUGAAGAGUAUGUUACGCCGGAAGCUCAAAUUCUUAACGCUUCAGCAAUUCCAGCCUUUUCACCAGAAGAAGGAGAAUAUGUAGAUUCUGGCGAAGAAGACUCUGACGAGGAUGAUUUCCGAAAGACUAGACCAAUAACAAACCCGUUUGACAUAAUGCAAGCAGUAGUAAACGGAACUAAUUACGAACGAACUACUGGCAACUUAUUUCAAAGAUAUCUUGAAAAUUCUCCUGAAACAGCUUGGGCCUUUGAUAGCGAAACUGGAAGUCCGGCUGAAGAAGGCGAAAUAGAAGAAGGAGAAAUUGUUGAGUCGGAGUUGAAUUCUGAAGAACAUGUAAUUCGGGUCAAGAAUGCAGACGAAGAGGCAAGAGAAUUGAUGAAAGAGCUUUACGAAGAAUAUGGAGCACAACCACUUGAUAUCAUUGAAGAAGGAAUCCCAAUCGAUGUCGUGGUUCGAUUUACAAGGGAGCUUAAUCACAGAUUGCCACCAGAAUUAGAAGUUUUUAGUGUUGUAACUCCAAAUGGACAAGAACAAGCUUCUUCGUUGACACAAUUGAAUACUGUUUCGCUCAGCACAAUCAAACUUGAACCGGUAGAAGAUAAUUUACCCAUAAUCAACAAUGUGGAGAGCCAGCGCGAAAAUCCCUUAGUGCAAAUAAUACCCACAGCUUCUCAAGUUGAGCCAAAUUUUGUAUCGAUGGAUAGGCCAUUUAUGGUAUCCAGGGAACAAAAUUUUAUUAUUGAUUUAAGUGAUACUUCAGACGAUGAACACCAUAUUGCUGGCUUCCUUAAAGAAGUUAAGUCAUCAUUAUCUGGCAAUGAAACACAAUUGGAUGCCAAGCGGAAGUUGGAGGAGAAGGAACGUGAAAUAAAGAGAAUGAACGAGUUGAUCGCGAGCAAGACUGAAUUGCUCAAGAGAAAAUCUAAUACAACAACUCAAUCAAUGUCAACCAGCUCAAAUACGGAAGCUUCAAUUGACAUGAUUCGAGCAGAAUUGGAAGCUUUCGAAACAGCAAAAUCUCAUGUUUCAGAACUUAAGACUCGCCUUAACGAAGAAGAUAAGGUGCUUGAAAGUAUUCGAUCUGAAGUAGCCGAUAUUGAUAUCAAGAUCGAAGAAAGUAGCUCACUCGCAAAGCAAUGCGUAGAGCAAAUGAAAAGUUACGACGUACAAAAGGGCCAAAUGCUACAUAAGAGAGAAGAAAUCGAAUGUCGCAUCCGGACACUUCACGACGAACUUACUGAAGUUCAGUAUCAAAUCGAUAACGUUGAUAAAGAAAAAGAAAGCACAGCCAUUGGAUUGGCCAAAAAAGAAGAGGAAUAUGCACAACAAUUAAAGACGAAAGAACAGCAUUUGGAACGAGAGAGUGGAGUAGUGGAAAACAUCGCACAAAUUAGGAAACAGCUUGGACCGAUAUUAAAUGAUAUUAAAGUUAAAAAAGAACGACUUUCGCAAAUGGUUGCUCAGUCGACAAAGACACGGAACGAUUUGACUUUGGUCGAAUCAUCGCCAUCCGUUCCUAACAAAAACGGAAAAAGGGGCAUCUUUCACGAACCAGAAGUGGUUCAAGAGGAAACUUCGAAGAAACCCAAAUUAGCUCAUGAAGUAGCAGAACUCAGUAAGAAGAUCGAGCAGGUGAGCAAGGAACAACAAUCCUUGCGAGAAAGCUUAGAGAAGAAGCGCCAGGGAGAGGCAGAAACGACAAUUUCUAAAAAAAGUCAAAAUUUGGGUCCAGACAACGAGUGGAGAGCUGAAAAGAUAGCUUCGCAAGAAGCUAUUUCUGAAAAUAAAUAUGAAGUCUUCAGAUCUUAUGAAAGCCCAUUAAUUGACUUCCGCUCAUUCAGAUUCCACCCUGAAUAUCUCGAAGUUGUGAAUGACGCUAAGUCAUUCACAUAUAAUAAUAGUAUCGUUCCCAACAAGAAGAUGUGCGCGUUUGAACUUCAACCGCGGGGUAUAUGCAAUGACGACGAUUGCAGGUCACAACAUUUCCGUGAGCUUCCAAAGACCGAAAAAAUGAUCAUUAAUGAUCUUACCGGAUAUUACGAAGGUGAGAAUAUCUCACAACAGCGGCAUUACCGUGAAGGCCUUCAUAGGCUACUCGGUGAUCUUGAAAUGAACGGAAGGGACUCGUUCCUCGAGAAAUUCGAGGAUAUAAGAAAAUAUCGCGACACAUUUGUUGCAAGAAGCCAAAACGAUGGCACUGGGGCUCCACGGGUUGUGUUCACAAAUGAACACCGGCCAUUGACCAAUGACUGGUACAUUUCGCUGCCGGCUCGCGAAAGUGAAUCGGAUUAUGUUUCCGAAAGCUUGCCCACACCAAGAAUGCCAACAUCAUCAUCGUCCGGACCAGAUGACGACCAUCAACAAAUAUAUCCAACUUCACCUGAGUUAGAAGAUGAAGAUGAUGACGGUGAUUACUUCUCACCUCCUCUUCACGAGAAAAAUGAGGAUGAAAAAUAUGAAAACUUUGACGAAAGUAUGGAGACAUGUCACGAAUCCGACGAUCAAUACGCCGAAUUAAGCGAAUCUGAGUCUGAAUCCGCCGCAUCCGGAAACGGAAACGAACAAAAAAAUAUCGCGAACAUUAGAUCAUCGACUGAAUUUGCAUCUAUAAAUAAUGAAGUGCAUGAGCGGCAAGAAAUCGUCCCAGAACAACAGAGAGAGGAACAAGAAGUUUAUGCUCCAUUUGGAUAUGUAGGCAGAAUUAUCAAUUGGUUUUUAAUUUGA